AUGCGCGCGACCGCGCUCGUCCUCGCCGCGCUCGUCGCCGCGGCCGCGUGCGUCUCCGGCGCGAACGCCGCGCCAGACGACGCGUCAACACGCUGGGGCAACACGCACCACGACAGCAAGCUGUUCGACAAGGACGGCGACGUCGCGUCCGCGCGCAUCGCGUACGCGGACGCCGCGCGCGGCUACGCGCGCGCGAAGCACGACGCCGCGAUGUCGCGCGUCGACGCCGCGCACGAGCACUUCAAGUCCGCGAUGACCGCCGCGCUCGCCGCGCUCGGCGACGCCGCGGCGGCGUGGCACGCGCACGCGACGGAAACGCGCGAGGCUCUCGCGGAACACGCGAGAGACUCGGUCGAGAAGACCAAGGCGCACGUCGACGACGCGCGCGAAAAGAUGCGUUCGCACGUCGACGACGCGCACGACGCGCACAGAGCGCGCGCGGCGAAGGUCGCGGACGCCGCGAGCGAGCACGUCGCGAAGUGGACGGGGAAGGACGACGCGGAUAACAGGCGCGUUCUAUACACUGGUCCCCAUACGACCGCGUUCGCGUGGUGA